AUGGGUGGUGAGAGUAGGGAGAAGUGUGAUGAGAGUAGGGAGAAGGGUGAUGAGAGUAGGGAGAAGGGUGAUGAGAGUAGGGAGAAGGGAGAUAAGAGUAGAGAGAAGGGUGAUGAGAGUAGGGAGAAGGAUGAUGAGAGUAGAGAGAAGGGUGAUGAGAGUAGGGAGAAGGGUGAUGAGAGUAGGGAGAAGGGAGAUGAGAGUAGGGAGAAGAGUGAUGAGAGGAGGGAAAAGGGUGAUGAGAGUAGAGAGAAGGAUGAUGAGAGUAGGGAGAAGGGUGAUGAGAGUAGGAAGAAGGGUGAUGUGAGUAGGGAGAAGGGUGAUGAGAGUAAGGAGAAGGGUGAUGAGAGUAGGGACAAGGGUGAUGAGAGUAGGGAGAAGGGAGAUGAGAGUAGGGAGAAGGGUGAUGAGAGUAGGGAGAAGGGUGAUGAAAGUAGGGAGAAGGGUGAUAAGAGUAGGGAGAAGGGUGAUGAGAGUAGGGAGAAGGGAGAUGAGAGUAGGGAGAAGAGAGAUGAGAGUAGGGAGAAAUGUGAUGAGAGUAGGGAGAAGGGAGAAGAGGAAAAGGGUGAUGAGAGAAGGGAGAAGGGAGAUGAAAGUAGGGAGAAGGGUGAUGAGAGUAGGGAGAAGAGUGUUGAGAGUAGGGAGAAGGGUUAUGAGAGUAGGGAGAAGGGUGAUGAGAGUAUGGAGAAGGGUGAUGAGAGUAGGGAGAAGGGAGAUGAGCGUAGGGAGAAGGGUGAUGAGAGUAGAGAGAAGGGUGAUGAGAGUAGAGAGAAGGGUUGUGAGAGUAGGGAGAAGGUUGAUGAGAGUAGGGAGAUGGGUGAUGAGAGUAGGGAGAAGGGUGAUGAGAGUAGGGAGAAGGGUGACGAGAGUAGGGAGAAGGGAGAUGAGAGUAGGGAGAAGGGAGAUGAGAGUAAGGAGAAGGGUGAUGAGAGUAGGGAGAAGGGUGAUGAGAGUAGGGAAAAGGGUGAUGAGAGUAGGGAGAAGGGUGAUGAGAGUAGGGAGAAGGGAGAUGAGAGUAGGGAGAAGAGAGAUGAGAGUAGGGAGAAAGGAGAAGGGUGA